UAGCUAGGUUUGUCAAAAUGCGCUAAUACAAAGAUAGGAAUUCCUGGCAGAAUUAAAGGUAUAUCAGGAGGAGAAAUGAAGAGAUUAUCCUUUGCUUCUGAGAUAUUAACCAAUCCAUCAUUGCUAUUCUGCGACGAACCAACUUCUGGUUUAGAUACCUUCAUGGCAUUGAGUAUUAUCAGUAUCCUAAGAGAAAUGGCUGCUGCAGGAUGCACUAUCGUAUGUAGCAUACAUCAACCAUCAUCGGAAGUAUAUGCACUUUUCGAUCAAGUAUUAUUCCUAGCUAACGGACAGGUCGCAUUUAUGGGUAGUGCUUCUAGGGCUUUAGAUUUCUUUUCAGAUUUAGGGUUACAAUGUCCAACAAAUUUUAAUCCAGCAGACUUUUUUAUAAGCGAACUUUCAAUUUUACCUGAUCAAGAAGAAUAUAGCAAAAGGAGAAUUCAACAAAUCUGUGAAUCGUAUGCAAAUAUACGAAAUCGUUCUUUGACAAACGGAGAAGUUAUUAAAGAAAGCGCAGAAAAGAUAAAGAAUGUAACAAAAAACUGCAUGUACAAAGCAUCUUGGUGGGUUCAGUUCUAUGUCAUCAUAUGGAGAUCUUUCUUAAGUAUAAGACGUAAUCCGAUUCUCACAACAAUGCGAUUUGUUCAGACAAUAGUAAGUAGCUUACCAUUCGAAAAAAAUAAUGAUUUUAAUAUUAAAGUUUUACAGUUUCUUAUUAUAAAAAAGUGUUUUAUUAAUAGUUUAGGGUUACAAUGUCCAACAAAUUUUAAUCCAGCAGACUUUUUUAUAAGCGAACUUUCAAUUUUACCUGAUCAAGAAGAAUAUAGCAAAAGGAGAAUUCAACAAAUCUGUGAAUCGUAUGCAAAUAUACGAAAUCGUUCUUUGACAAACGGAGAAGUUAUUAAAGAAAGCGCAGAAAAGAUAAAGAAUGUAACAAAAAACUGCAUGUACAAAGCAUCUUGGUGGGUUCAGUUCUAUGUCAUCAUAUGGAGAUCUUUCUUAAGUAUAAGACGUAAUCCGAUUCUCACAACAAUGCGAUUUGUUCAGACAAUAAUCGUUGCUUUGAUUUUGGGAUUUAUGUACUGGAAACAAACACUUGAUCAAGACGGUAUCAUGAAUAUAAAUGGCGUACUUUUUCUCCUGUUGACGAAUGUGACCUUUCAAAAUAUGUUUGCUGUUAUUAAUGUCUUCUGCGCUGAUAUACCGGUCUUCUUGAGAGAACAUUGGAAUGGGAUGUAUCGUGUAGGGAUCUACGUUAUCUGCAAAAUGUUAGCUGAGCUUCCAACAUUUAUUGUUCUUCCUGCUUUGUUUACUUCAAUUGUUUACUGGAUGGUAGGUCUCCGAGCAGACGUCACUUCAUUUUUUUUAUGUGUUGGGAUAGUGACUCUAGCAUCGAAUGCCGCCUGUUCCUUUGGUUACAUGAUAUCGAGUUGUAGCACUUCUAUAAGUAUGGCUCUAUCUAUCGGACCACCAAUGAUUAUACCUCUCAUGCUAUUUGGAGGAUUUUUAUUGAAUAUAGAGACGAUACCCAUUUAUUUUGACUGGGUAAAAUAUUUAUCAUGGUUCUACUAUGGAAACGAAGCAAUGAACAUCAUUCAAUGGAGUGGAGUUGAAUAUAUUGUGAGUGGUAACAUUGGACCUGGACAACUCUUAGCCAUAAUGGGAUCUAGUGGUGCUGGUAAAACAACUUUAAUGAACGUUUUAACGUCUAGAAAUCUCCAAAAUGUUUCAGUUUAUGGUAAAGUUAGUGUAAAUGGUUAUCCUAUGGAUAAUUCUAUUAUCGGAAUGUCUGGUUAUGUCCAGCAAGACGAUCUUUUCAUUGGAACUCUAACUGUUAGAGAACACUUAAUUUUUCAGGCAUUAUUAAGGAUGGAUCAAAAUUUAUCGAAGAAAGUUCGUUUGCAAAGAGUAGACGACGUUAUUGCUUAUCUAGGUUUGUCAAAAUGCGCUAAUACAAAGAUAGGAAUUCCUGGCAGAAUUAAAGGUAUAUCAGGAGGAGAAAUGAAGAGAUUAUCCUUUGCUUCUGAGAUAUUAACCAAUCCAUCAUUGCUAUUCUGCGACGAACCAACUUCUGGUUUAGAUACCUUCAUGGCAUUGAGUAUUAUCAGUAUCCUAAGAGAAAUGGCUGCUGAAGGAUGCACUAUCGUAUGUAGCAUACAUCAACCAUCAUCGGAAGUAUAUGCACUUUUCGAUCAAGAUCAUCUUACUUGGGAUAUCAUGUUACUGUGUGUAUUAAUAGUGGGCUUUCGUCUACUAGCUUAUAUUGGUUUGUAUAUAAAAACAAUUCAUAGGAAAUAAAUUUGUAAUAAUAUGUUAUAAAAUAAUCUAUAUGUAAAUUUAUGUAGCAUCAAAUUCAUUAAAAAACCAACAGUGUCUUAUAAAAUAACUUGUAUAAUUGAAAUACAAGCUAUGGAUGUUUAUAUUGGUGCAUAUAAUGUACUGUAUAGUACAUUACUAGCUACAUAUACUUUUUUACAUUUUCUAAUGUAAGUACAGGGUGGCUCAAAAGUCAGUUAACCAUUGUAAUGACUACGUUUGAUAAACAAAUUUCUCCACUUUACUUAAAUUCAAUCUAUAAUUCGUACAAGUGUACCUGACAAGACAGUGUUAACUGAUCUUUGGGCCAUACUGUAUAUUCGAAAUAUUUGUUAACAUUGAUGUGCAUACUUUACUAAUGCGUAGCCUAAAUCUGUAUAUACGAGUGCUCUGUCAAUUAUACAUGUUUAUAAAUAUUUGUUUUUAACAUUUUUAUCAUUUUUAAAUAUUGUAUAUAUUUUUGAGAGACAUUAUUGUUUGUAAUAUAUAGGAUUUUUCUA